AUGUCUAGUCCAGAUGAUUUUGAAACUGCACCAGCAGAAUAUGUUGAUGCAUUGGAUCCGAGUAUGGUCGUUGUUGACAGUGGUUCUGCUGCAGUCACAGCGCCAUCGGAUUCAGCCGCUGAGGUAAAAGCUAAUCAAAACGAAGAAAACACUGGUGCUACUGCUGCUGAAACUAGUGAGAAAGUGGAUCAGACGGAGGUCGAAAAGAAAGAUGAUGAUGAUACCACUGAAGUCGGUGUAACAACUACCACGCCUUCCAUUGCUGAUACUGCUGCUACCGCUAACAUUGCUUCGACAUCAGGUGCAUCUGUUACUGAACCUACUACUGAUGACACCGCUGCUGAUGAGAAAAAGGAACAAGUAAGUGGUCCUCCUCUGUCAAAUAUGAAAUUCUAUCUUAAUCGCGACGCGGAUGCGCAUGACUCUUUAAAUGAUAUUGAUCAAUUAGCGCGUCUGAUUAGAGCAAACGGUGGUGAAGUGCUAGACUCCAAGCCAAGAGAAUCAAAAGAGAAUGUUUUCAUCGUGUCACCCUAUAAUCAUACCAAUUUACCAACGGUAACUCCGACUUAUAUUAAGGCAUGUUGUCAAAGCAACUCGCUACUGAACAUGGAAAAUUAUUUAGUACCAUACGAUAACUUUAGAGAAGUUGUCGAUAGUAGGUUGCAGGAGGAAUCGCAUUCUAAUGGUGUAGAUAAUAGCAAUAGCAAUAGCGAUAACAAGGAUUCUAUCAGGCCCAAAACAGAAAUAAUCUCUACGAAUACUAAUGGCGCUACGGAAGACUCAACCAGCGAAAAAGUUAUGGUAGACGCUGAACAACAAGCUAGAUUACAAGAGCAAGCUCAGCUCCUUCGUCAACAUGUAAGCAGCACCGCAUCAAUCACAAGCGGAGGGCACAAUGACUUGGUCCAGAUCGAACAACCUCAAAAAGAUACCUCCAAUAAUAAUAAUAGCAACGUCAACGACGAAGACAAUGAUCUUUUGACACAGGACAACAACCCUCAAACAGCAGAUGAGGGGAAUGCAUCUUUUCAAGCACAAAGGUCCAUGAUUUCGAGAGGCGCUUUGCCCUCCCACAAUAAAGCUUCUUUUACAGAUGAGGAAGAUGAGUUUAUUUUGGAUGUUGUGAGAAAAAAUCCAACCAGGCGUACAACACAUACUCUUUACGAUGAAAUAUCCCAUUAUGUGCCUAACCACACGGGUAAUUCUAUUAGGCACCGAUUUAGAGUCUAUCUUUCCAAAAGACUAGAGUACGUUUAUGAGGUUGACAAGUUUGGUAAAUUGGUUAGAGACGACGAUGGAAAUCUGAUAAAGACUAAAGUUUUGCCACCAUCAAUUAAAAGGAAAUUUUCAGCAGAUGAAGAUUACACUUUGGCAAUCGCGGUCAAGAAGCAGUUUUAUCGUGAUUUGUUUCAAAUCGACCCUGAUACUGGAAGAUCACUUAUCACAGAUGAGGAUACACCCACUGCUAUAGCGAGGAGGAAUAUGACAAUGGAUCCAAAUCAUGUGCCAGGGAGUGAACCCAACUUUGCAGCUUACAGAACCCAAAGCCGUAGGGGACCGAUUGCACGAGAAUUUUUCAAGCAUUUUGCCGAAGAGCAUGCAGCACAUACUGAGAAUGCUUGGAGAGAUAGGUUUAGGAAGUUUCUUCUCGCUUACGGCAUUGAUGAUUAUAUUAGUUAUUAUGAAGCUGAAAAAGCUCAGAAUAGAGAGCCGGAACCGAUGAAGAACCUCACCAAUAGACCCAAGAGGCCUGGCGUUCCCACUCCUGGCAAUUAUAACUCUGCCGCCAAGAGGGCAAGAAAUUAUAGUUCUCAAAGAAAUGUUCAGCCUACUGCCAAUGCAGCGUCCGCUAAUGCUGCUGCCGCUGCUGCUGCCGCUGCUUCCAACUCUUACGCUAUACCAGAAAACGAAUUACUGGACGAAGAUACCAUGAAUUUCAUUUCCAGUUUAAAGAAUGAUCUAUCCAAUAUUUCAAAUAGUUUGCCCUUUGAGUAUCCACACGAGAUUGCGGAAGCUAUAAGAAGCGAUUUUUCGAAUGAAGAUAUAUAUGAUAAUAUUGAUCCUGAUACCAUAAGCUUUCCACCAAAAAUUGCAACAACAGAUCUUUUCCUGCCAUUGUUCUUUCAUUUUGGCAGUACGAGACAAUUUAUGGAUAAACUUCAUGAAGUUAUUUCAGGAGAUUAUGAGCCAUCACAGGCUGAAAAACUGGUACAGGAUCUUUGCGAUGAAACUGGUAUACGUAAAAAUUUCAGUACGAGCAUAUUGACGUGUUUAUCCGGGGAUCUGAUGGUCUUUCCUCGCUAUUUCUUGAACAUGUUUAAGGACAAUGUUAAUCCUCCUCCCAACGUUCCUGGUAUUUGGACACAUGAUGACGACGAAUCGCUAAAAAGCAAUGAUCAAGAACAAAUAAGGAAACUGGUUAAAAAGCAUGGAACUGGUAGAAUGGAAAUGAGGAAAAGAUUUUUUGAGAAGGACCUGUUAUGA